CAUUACACAGACACCAUGAAGCUGAUCGUCCUCGCUUGCCUGGCCGCCGUCGCCCUCUCCCGCCCUCAGAAGGACUCUGAGGCCGAGACCAUUUUGGACGAGAGGUCCGACAACGGCGACGGCAACUUCCAGUACACUUUCCAGACCAGCAACGGUAUCAGCUCCUCUAACACUGGCACUCCUGGAUCUGAGGGCCAGAGCAACAUGCAGGGAUCAUUCAGUUUCCCCCUUCCCGAGGGAGGCGUCGCUGAAUUCACCUUCGUCGCCGACGAGAACGGCUACCAGCCAUCGUCCGACCUCCUGCCCGUUGCCCCGCCGCUCCCCGACCACGUGCACGAGCUCCUCCGAAUUGCAGAGCAGCAACGCGCCGAAGGAAUCACUUUCGACUAAAAUACCUUUUUGGAGACGCAUGUACACCUCACUUCGGUUCUCAUAACAGCAUUUAUGUAGAUUGACAUGGCAAAUGUAUGCAGUGCAUGUACAUUAUACGCUUGGACAAUAAAGGAGUUUAUGAUAA